AUGGAUGAAGAAGAGCUGGCCGCGCUUAUCUCGGAUACCUCUAGUUCGCUAGAGCCAAGCCAUGACGAGAUUUACCAGACGCCCCGAAAGCGCCCCCUCUCGUCGCCGCAGCGACGGGAAAUGCACCUGGACAGAUCACCACUCCAAAAAUUUGAGGAUCGGUCGUUCCAAACGACACAGCCCCAGUCACAGGAUGAUCCGACGCAGAUGCAGCGGCUUUUGUCCAGCUUGGACGACGAGUCGCUCAUCGAGCUUGUCAAUGGGUAUGGCGGCUCUUCCGCGCGCGCCCGACGGUUCAUUGGAACCCCAGAGCCUGCAACUGACUUGGCUGGGGUGCCAAAUGUCACUUUACACGAUAGAGUAGAAUCACCGCCAUCCGUGGUUGUCAGCGACGCGGCCUCGGUGGAGCCCGCAGAUGUUGCCCAGGUGCCCAGUAGUCUUCCAGAUCCAUCGGGGACCCCGAAUGUGCUGGUGGACGAGCCGGACUCAGCCGAAGAGGACCUUCCUCGAGAGAAGUUUAUAUUCGGCGAUUAUGGUGCCUACUUUGAGGAUAAGCAGAUCCAACAACAGCAACGCGACCACGAAAUCAAGAAGAUAUACCAAGAUGCUUUUAACGACGGCAAAGAGUUCCCUCGUAUUUUUGCCGGUUGUAUCAUAUACGUCAAUGGGCGUACCGACCCAGAUCGGUUGGAAUUGCACAAAAAGGUAAUUCUCUACGGGGGGACUUUCCUACAUUACCUAAGCGCCAAGAAAAGUGUCACGCAUAUUAUCGCGAGCAACCUCACCUCUAAGAAGCGGAUAGAGUUUCGAAAAUACAAGGUUGUCAAACCAGAAUGGAUUGUCGACUCCAUACAUAUGGGCAGGCGAUUGCCCUGGCAGCCUUAUGCACUGAUCACAGGAGACCAUGACCAACCGAAGCUAGAAAACGCGCUCGAUUCGAAAGCUGGAGGCUUAAAUUCAAGGAAAUCGGAUACGGAUACUCUAGAUUGCAAGCAUCCGGACUUCUUGAAGAGUUUUUUUGCAAAAUCAAGACUUCACCAUUUGUCGACGUGGAAGGCAGACUUACGCGCAGCAUUUUCCAAAAAAUACGUCGAAGAGCGUAAAAUUCAACCUUUGCCGAAGGAUUCAAGAAUAGCGAUUUUCCAUAUCGACUUCGAUUGUUUUUUUGCGACCGUAUCAGCGCUGAGUAUUGGGAAAUAUGACCUGAAUAAGGAUCCACUGGCUGUGGCACAUGGCACGAAUAGCUCCGAUGUAGCCAGUUGUAAUUACGUCGCAAGGAAAUUCGGCGUAAGAAAUGGUAUGUGGGUUCGGUCAGCGAGAAGGCUUUGUCCAAAUUUGAUAUGCAUACCCUAUAACUUCCCCGCUUAUGAGACUAAUUCUAGUCGUUUAUAUGAGACACUAGCUGAUUCUAAUUAUUUCCAAAUGAUUUUACCAGUUUCAGUAGAUGAGGCUAUAUGUGUAGCAUAUUUUUCAGGUUCGGCUGAUGAUGACACUUUGAGACAGAAAUGUUCAGAAAUAGCAAGGACCAUAAGGGAUUGUGUACACAAUGCCACCGGUGGUUGCACUGUUAGUAUUGGCUGUGCAGAGAGCCUAGUUUUAGCUAGACUGGCGUUGAAAAGGGCAAAACCAGAUGGCUUCAGCGUUAUAAUUGAUAAGGAUCCGAGAGGAAUAGAUGAUUUCAUAUCUGAUUUUCAUCUUCAAGAUCUACCUGGAAUCGGAUACUCGAUCAUAGAGAAAAUUCGACAGCAAGUGCUGCCGGUGGACACUAAAAGCCUUACCUUAGGUCUUUUAAAAUCAAAAGCGUCACAACAACUCCUAGUCAAUAAGUUAGGAUCUAAGACUGGGGCUAAGAUAAACCUUUUUUUAUCAGGAAAAGACGAUGAGGAAAGUUUGAAAAUGCUUCAUGAUCCACAGGGAUAUUUCUCUCGAAAAUCGAUAUCGGUAGAUAUUAAUUACGCCAUAAGGUUCGAUAACAUUCAUGAAAUUGACUCUUUCAUCGAUCGAAUUUGUGAAUAUCUCGUAUCUAAAAUCCAAGAGCUGGAUAUGGUGACUGCACAUAUCGUAAUGAAAGUUAUGCGAAGAUCUAAUGGAGCGCCCAUUGAACCUGCAAAAUACAUGGGCAUGGGUGAAUGUGACGCGUUUAGCAAGGGUAGCAGGCUCGGAGUGCCGACGGAUGAACUAGGCAUAAUUGCAACAGAAAUGAAGAGCUCUUUUAGAAUGCUCAACUGUCCCGCAAAAGAAUUGAGAGGAAUUGCCAUCCAAUUCAAUAAAUUGGAAAAAAAAUCAACUGGUUAUAAGCAGCAAGUUCUACCAUUUAAGGGGAUUGCUAGAAAUACAGAAAGUGUUUCUCUUAUCAAUAUACCUCCUCUAAAAUCACGACUUCGUCCAGAAGCCUAUAGCUCAUUACCACGAGGUUUGAGGCACGAUGUAAAGACAGAAUUAGUGAAACGUCAUAUAGAAGUUCCUGAUUCACCCUCCCCUCGAAAAUCUACGACUGCCUCCCCUGUAAAAGACUACUGGGCGAAACACACCAAGAGCACAACAACGGGAGAAGUAAUUCCAAGUUCAUUGGACCAAGACUUUCUCAGCUGUUUGCCAUCGCAAAUUCAGAGAGAGAUAAAAAGAGAUCACGCAAUUGUGAAGAAAGCCAGAAGCUCGCUCCAUCAAGGGCUUAAGAGGAAAGAAGAAGAAGUCGUCGUCACACCAAAGGGAAGGCUGACCUUAAUGGAGCCUGUUAAGUUUCAAUCUCUGGAUCGGCCAAAGGAAGUAAUAAAACUGAUCCAACUGUGGAUCGAUGAAACUGCUGACACUGGGCCCAACGUGGAAGACUUGGAUCUAUUCGAAAGGUAUGUGAAGAGGCUUUCUGCUGCGAAGAAAACGCAUUUCAUACUACGGUUAACGAGAGCUAUUUCAUCAAGACUAGAGUUCCACUCUUCACUAAAGGAAAAAGCAUCUUUAGGAAGACAGGAAUGGGAAGAAUAUCUAUUGAAGAGAAUGAUUCCCAUUUUAAAUAAGAGUGCAUCUCAGGAGGAGAAAGGUUUUCAGGUGACCUUCGAAAUUUAA